AGAUUGUACUAAGUUAAACAUUGUUCUACAUUAUUGUAAUGUUUGCUCCGAACAAUUGUUAACGACAUAGAUAGAAUGAAGAGGCAUGUGCAUACGAUCGAUUGUUUAAUUGUGAUUUAACACCGAUUGUUUAAUUGUUUGUGAUUUAACACCGAUUGUUUAAUUGUUUGUGAUUUAACACUGAUUUGGCAAGAUCUCAGCCAUUUUACGAACACGAAUGUAUUACCUGUGUUGAUAAUACACGCAACCUUUAGACCAUAAAGCGGAAGUAGAGAUAAGCGAUAUAUUUUGACUAAUGUGAAAGUCGAUGUUGUGGUAGGAUGGCAUGCAUCACGUUUAUAGUGUGGGCAGGCUUUUUAACCCACCUUGCAGGAUUUCUUACACCUGGGUGGAUAAGUGUUGUCGAAUAUAACCGCACCAGAGGCGAAAGUAGUACGAAUUACGGACUUUUUUACUUGAUUAGUUGCUCCAGUGAAGGGUGCCUUUCCAAAACAAUUUAUGAAGAUGGCGAUAACCAUUUUUAUCAAGGGGAUGCUUUAUAUCCAAGACGUAUGGCAGUUGAAUUCAACGCAAGUCUGGCUGUUUUACUGAACCUUUUGGCGUUAUUUCUGACACACUGCGCCACCAGAAAAAACAAAACCACAGCUAAAAUGGCGUUGACCACUGUACUACUUCAUGCCUGUUCGUUUUUUGUAACACUGAGUGUUGUUACCGACUACCUUGUGAUACACUUAUUAGCAACAAAGAAGUUUUUCACCCCUGAUUAUCCACCAUGGUAUGAGUACUAUUCGUCACGGGUAAGAACUCCGUAUUCCUUAAUUAUCGUCGGAGUGGCGCUGUUGAUACAAACUUCCGUCAUCCUUUAUUUUCUAUGGAAGCUCCGUCGAUUGCUGCACGGUUUGUCAAUCACCAACGAAGCCCCGCCUCCUUAUCAUCUAUUGAGGAAUGAGGGAGACGGAUUUCAUUAUUCCUACGGGACUUCUAACACAACACAACAGCCGUCUCCCAAUGCUCCCAGUUACUACGGGACUUCUAACACAACACAACAGCCAUCUCCCAGUUACUACGGGACUUCUAACACAACACAACAGCCAUCUUCCAAUUACAACGGGACUUCUAACACAACACAACAGCCGGCUCCCAAUGCUCCCAGUUACAAUCCAUUUGAAGACGAUUCCGAUCAGCAACAACGUCGCAAUGAGAACAUGGUUUAGAGGAUUCUGAACUUCGACUUUUCGCAUUAUUAGAUACCUAGCCUCAGCUGAUACCAUAUUUCAUUCAUCAUUCAGUCACGGAUCUUGCAUAAGAAAACGUAGUUCAAGUCAUUUUUGUUCACUGCUUUUGAAUAUACUGGUAUCAUUUCAUUAAAAAAAAUGUCUUUGU